GCGUCCCUCAUCAGUGCCCGGUGCUGCCACCCAGCCAUGGAGGGGGAGGAGGAGCAGCCACCUCAGGAGGCUGACAUGGAGCCCAUUGUCCCAGUGGGGUCUUCCGACGUGGUGCCCAGGGUGCUUUCUGGAGAACCCCAGAACCUGUCCGACGCUGACGCUCUGUCCCUGCUCCUGGAGAUGAAGCUGCGGCGGCGGCGAGAGCGGCCCCGCCUGCCGCGCACCGUGACGGAGCUGGUGGCGGAGGACGGGAGCAGGGUGUACGUGGUGGGCACAGCCCACUUCAGCGAUGACAGCAAGAAGGACGUCGUGAAGACCAUCCGGGAGGUGCAGCCCGACGUGGUGGUGGUGGAGCUGUGCCAGUACCGCGUGUCCAUGCUCAAGAUGGACGAGAGCGCACUGCUGCAGGAGGCCAAGGAGAUCAGCCUGGAGAAGCUGCAGCAGGCCGUGCGGCAGAAUGGAGUCAUGUCCGGACUCAUGCAGAUGCUGCUGCUGAAGGUGUCGGCGCACAUCACCGAGCAGCUGGGCAUGGCCCCUGGUGGCGAGUUCAGGGAGGCCUUCAAGGAGGCCAGCAAGGUGCCUUUCUGCAAGUUCCACCUGGGCGACCGGCCCAUCCCCGUCACCUUCAAGAGGGCCAUCGCCGCGCUGUCCUUCUGGCAGAAGGUCAAGCUGGCCUGGGGCCUGUGCUUCCUGUCAGAACCCAUCAGCAAGGACGACGUGGAGCGCUGCAAGCAGAAGGACCUGCUGGAGCAGAUGAUGGCGGAGAUGGUGGGCGCGUUCCCCGACCUGCACCGCGCCAUCGUCUCUGAGCGCGACAUCUACCUGACCUACAUGCUGCGGCAGGCCGCCCGGCGCCUUGAGCUGCCGCGCUCCUCUGACGCCGAGCCCAGGAAGUGCGUCCCCUCGGUGGUGGUGGGUGUCGUGGGCAUGGGCCACGUGCCGGGCAUCGAGAAGAACUGGACCACCGACCUCAACAUCCAGGAGAUCAUGACCGUCCCCCCGCCGUCCAUCUCCGGCAGAGUGUCCCGGCUGGCCGUGAAGGCCGCCUUCUUGGGCCUGCUGGGCUACGGCCUCUACUGGAUGGGGCGCCGCGCCACCAGCCUGGUCCUGUCGCUGCCUGUCACUCAGUACUGUCUGCAGAGAGCGUCCGCCGCCCGGCCACGCAAAUAGGAAGGACCAGCUCAUAGCUGCUCCCGUGUCGCCGCUGAGGGGCGCUGGGGCCGGCCCCCUGAGGAGCUGCUGGGUGCCGCCCCCCGUGGGGGUCCACGCCCGGCCACGCCUCCCCUCCCCCAACCCGCCCAAAUAAAGAAUUAUUUAACUGCUCUGAGCUCAGGCUUCCCAGCAGCCCCCUCCCCACCCUCAUCCCCAGCCCUGCGGGUACCACUCAUGGGGCUCACAGGGUUCACGGCGUCAGGACGCACUUGCGGGCUAGGGGCCAAAGGUGCACACUGCCCCACCCCCACCCCCGGCCCCCAGGCAGAGGGGCGUGGUGGGCACGGCCAGCCAGUCCCUACCUCACUGUGCCUUCUCGAGAGCUGGCCCGGAGCGAGUCCCAGUGGGUUCUGGGCCAUCGGGGUCCUGGCUGGCAUGUUUGGGAAGGGCCAGGUCACCCCAUGCAGCUCUGUCGUGGCUCCUGGGAGCCUCUCUCCAACCGGGCAGCUUGGCCAAGCUCGGCAGCGGCGGCGGUGGGCGGGCGCCAACGCCGGCUCCACCCGCAAACCGUGUGCGGUUUUAGUUUUUAAAAAUGUCUAAAAUUUGUUUACUCAGGUAAUUUUAACUUAAGAGAAAAACUGAAGCAAAUGUCAGAAAAUACUAGCCUUAACCUGUUGGGACAAGGAGGACGUCUGUGUGGGGGGCCUCGGCCCCGAGAGGGUGAGCCCGCGGGAAAGGCCGGCCUCCCCGGGGGGGCACCAGGCCCCUGGCCCUCAGGUGGGCGCCUUCCCCGGGCCACGGAGGAGGGGGGCCGCGGGGCUGCCCCAGCCUCCGGGACAGAGGGUGCGUGUCCUCUGUGGGCCGGGACAGACGGGGACCCCUCACGGGGCUCCCACCCCUGGCGCUUCCCUGCGGUCACGCUCCCGGCCACGUGGCUGUGACGCGGCUCCCGCGGCCCGAGUGCCGGGGCCGCGCUUGGGUGUGUUUGUGUUGACUCGGUGUCCGACGAAACCAGGUGAAGCCCGCGGCGGCGGCCGGGUGCUCCGUGUUUUCCUGUCGUACGUGUACUCGUGCCCGAGAAAUGGAAAUAAAGUCUAAUUUUGGAA